AAAAAGCAACGAGGCAUCGAGAGGCAUCGAAACCGAGAGAGGUUUGCGCUGUCGCCCAUCGGUUUGCGCCGUCGCGCCAUCUUCAGCUCGAUGCACCAGUCCAUUGCCAGCAAUAUCCACUUCUCGCCACGGCCGGGGCUGGUUCGGCCGCCUCGCCUGCGGCAUAGCUGGUUAUCGUCGAACAGCAUGGAUCCGUCGUCGCCGCGCCCCAAGGGCGGCGCCGGGACGGCGUCCGUGCGCCUCGCCGUCGCGGCGCCCCUGAAGAACCUGCCCGUGGCCUUCGACGUCCUCGAGCGCGACAUGGUCGUGCGCCACGGCGUGUCCGAGGCCCAUCUUUAUGAUCUGGCCCACAUGCUCAAGCAGCAGGUCGACUACGCCGCGGCGCCGCCGGACGCGGCGGGCGCCGUGGAGCCCCUCGUGGAGAAGGCGGCGGCCGAGAAGGCGACCUUCCCCUACAUGUCCACCAUGUUCUCCAUGGAGGACAAGGCCGCGAAGGCCAAGGCCGACGCCGACCGGGCCCGGGCGCGCGCGGACGCGGUCGAGGCGCGGCGCCGGGCCUGGGAGGCCUGGCUCGUCGGCGCCUACGAGAACCUGGCGGCGGUCCAGUCCGAGGCCUUCGCCGACUUCUUCGAGGACGGCGACGGCGCCGGCGAGGGCUUGUACGGCCGCGGCGAGGCGCAGGGAUCGGGCGACGCGGCGAUCGCGCGCGCCGCGCGGACGCGGCGCCUCGUCGCCGAGGCCAACGCCGCCGCCGUCACGAAGGAGCGCGAGGCGCUCAAGGCGACGCUGCGCGAGCGCGAGGCGGCCAUCGCCGCGCUCUUGGGCGAGUCGGAGCUCGAGUCCGCCAAGGAGUCGCGCGCCGUCGCCGCGCUCCGCGCGCGGCGGUCCGCGCUCGAGAGCUUCGUCGAGGAGCAGACGCUGGAGAGCGACCGGCGCGCCGAGGUGCGCGAGGCCGCCGCCGCGCACCGCGAGCGGCUCCGCGACGAGGUGCGCCGCGCGGGCGAGACCGCGGACCGGGCGCGCGACGACGUCGCCGCGGGCCGCGACCGCCACGCCGCGGAGAAGGCGGCCUUCGAGGCCAAGUCGGACCUCCUCGAGCGCGCCGUCGACGCCGCCGCGGCGUCGCACCGCGCCGCGGCCGAGCGCAUGGGCGCCGCGGAGGAGCGCGCGUCGCGCGCGCGCGCGCGGCUCAGCAGCCGCCAGGCGGACGCGGCGGCCGCGGCGCACGAGGCGACGCGCGCCCUCGAGGCCUGGACGAACCUCGAGCGGGGCGAGCUGCCCCGGGGCGGCCGCGACAAGGACCAGGCGGCGAAGACGCGCGAGGACGCGGACCGCCUCGCGGCCGAGCACCGCCGCGCGUCCAAGGCGCGCGCGACGCUGCUCGCCGUCGAGGCGUCGCGGCGCCGCGACGAGGCCGCCGCCGUCCACGCGCUCGCCAAGCUCCUCGUCUUCGACGACGACGCGGACGCCGCGACGCCGCCCGAGGCGCCCGCGCGCGACGAGACCGGCGGCCCCGAGGACGUGUCCGAGCCGCCGCCGCAGCAGCUCCCGGACGCGACGACGGGCCGCAUGCCGAGCCGCGCGGGCAGCGCGCCGGGCCACCGCCUCGUGUCGACCUACGCGUCCGCGGCGGCCGCCAUCGACGACGAGCUCGCGCGUUCCCGCAAGGAGGACGCGCGCCUCGAGCGGCUCCUGGCCAACGAGCUCGAGAACGCCGUCUCCGGCGAGUCGGCGCUGACGCGCGUCCACGUCGGCUCCCUCAAGCGCCGCGACGAGCUCAAGGCCGCCGCGUCGGCCGCGCGCCGCGACCUCGCGUCGUGCGAGGCCGCGCGCGAGGCGACGGCCGGCGACCUCGAGGAGGCGUCGGACGCCCAGUCCCGCGCGCGCGACGUGCUCGGCGCCGCCGAGGCGGACCUGAAGGCGGCCCAGGGCGCGCUGAAGGACCACGCGGCGUCGACGCACGGCACGAAGCUCCGCCACGCGCUCGACGCGGACGAGCACGUGCUCGCGCGCCACGAGUCCGCCAAGUUCUCCGUCGCCGACGCGCUGGCCGCCGCGGGCGACGACAUCAAGAUCGACGGGCUCAAGUGCCUGCCCCACGUCCUCGACCUCGCGAAGAACGAGAUCAUCCUCGUCGACGACCAGAUCGACGGCCACGAGGCGAAGAAGGCGGCGCUCCGCAAGGACAUCGCGGACGUCCACGCGGACUGGGAGACCGAGUCCGUCUCCCUCCGGGCCAAGCUCCACGGCGCCGAGUGCCAGCUCAAGCUCCUCAGCGACGACGCGCGCGCCGCGGAGAUG